AUGCCGCCCUCAAAGGCUCGGUCCAGUCCUUCUGUGGAACGGCGCGACCGUCUGACGCUUGCGAAAUUGGCCAGCUAUGACGACGUCGCAACGGAUGCGCUGGUGGAUUGUGCUCACUUCUGGACCAAGACUCGCAAAAACCGAACGAAAUAUAUCCCUGUCCGCGGCUUGGUCGAGGAUACCGUGUCUAAUAUCCUCCUGCACGAUGUCAUUGUCGCCAAGGAUGCGGUCCUGGCAGAACGCAACUUACUGGACCUCUCUGGAAUGAAGAGAUAUCUGGCGAAGCUCGGUAACGACCGUGAGAAAGACUGGUUUCGAAAACACCUUAGGAAAUAUAUACACAUUUAUCUUCCCGACUGCCCCUUUGAGGUCACGACCACGAACCGCUAUACGAUAACCGAACACGAGGCUGCUAUUUGCGCCCGAAAAUUCGUCCCGCAAGGUCGGGAGAUCAAGUAUCUGAGCGGCACUUUGGUGCCCAUGACCAAGGAGGAGGAGCAGGAUCUGGAUUUGAAGCGAAAAGAUUUUAGCAUCGUCAUGUCGAGUCGAAGGAAAACGCCGUCUUUCUUCCUGGGCCCCGCCCGUUUUGCAAACCAUGACUGCAACGCUAACGGACGAUUGGUAACUCGGGGUACCGAGGGAAUGCAGGUCGUCGCCACUCGAGACAUCUAUCCUGGUGAAGAAAUUACCGUUUCCUAUGGAGAAGAUUAUUUUGGAGUCGACAACUGCGAAUGCUUGUGUCUCACCUGUGAGCGUGCCGUCCGCAACGGAUGGUCACCAGAUCUUGAUUCCGAACCACAAAGCAAAGCAACUACUCCGGAUGCUGCUGCUACCGAAGAGUAUCUGACACCGAGUAAGCGGAAGCGCACUCUUGACGCCGACUCCGACACCUCCCCUUCUUCAACCCCCCACAAGAGGGGGAAGUUUACACCACGCGGCUCGAACCUGCGUUCUGAACUUUCCCUCCCCGAGGAGGUCGCCAUCUCAAUCGAAUCUGAACCCCGCAAUGUCUCAACUCUGAACCCCCUUCUUCCGGCACCAGCUUCUAGCCACCAAAAAAGCGGCUUAAAUGGCGAUAAUAUUCAGUCCUCUUCGGGUACGGAUUCUGAGUCUCUAACAUCCCUCACUCCUGAAGAAUCGCAACGGUCAUCGGCGUCCACCACAGCCACUUCCUGUGACACCGAAAUAAAGCUUAAGGGUGAAAACUGCACCGAGACUUCUCUUACUGCAACUGCCACCACACGCAUCUUAGAGGGCGAGUCACGCGCAGACAGUUGCGCCAGUGACGUUUCAGACUCUGUCAAGCAAGAAGAUCAACCAGAGACUCCAGGGUCUCAGAAAAGGCCGAGGAAAGCGCGGACUAAGCGAGUCUAUCUGACUGUCGAGCCUGUGUCAAAACUUACUCGAGUUCCCGGAGAUUACACCAAAACCCCAAAGCUACUAGCACAAUCAUAUGACCGCUGGGUCGAUUGCCACACGUGCAACGCAUGGUUUGUACAACAGAACUCUUAUUUAACGCGGAGAGAAUGUCCUCGCUGCGAACGGCAUUCUAUGCUGUACGGGUUCCGCUGGCCCAAGACCGAUAGAGAUGGCCCGCAUGACGACGAGGAGCGCGUGAUGGACCAUCGUACCGUCCAUCGGUUUCUAUAUCCCGAGGAAGAGGCCCUCAUCUCCCGCCGGGGCCGUGGAGUCAGCUUCGGCAUUACCCCCACCCCGGAGUUGUCAGAUAUGCGCAGCGAGACUCCGGAUAGUGAGGCCUUAGACGAACAGCGAGGCACUCGGGCUUACAACGACCCAAUUGCCAAUCUCGACUACGGAUCGUUCCAGGGAAAAUAUGACGAGACGUACAACCUUUCCUAUUUCCGCAAGAUACCAUACGCAGCACCCCCCGUCGGCGAGAACCGCUUCCGCGCACCACAGCCACCAUUUAAGAUACCAAAUGGCAUCUACGACACCGAUCAGGGCUUCGAUAUGUGCCCACAGCGCACGGUGAAUGGGUCUGAAGACUGCCUCUAUCUAGGCCUCUUCUCACGCCCAUGGAACCCGCACCCAGCACCUCACAGGCCCGUUCUCGUGGUUUUCCACGGAGGCGCCUUCGUCCAGGGAGAGGCAUCCUUCGAGCUUCCCCCCUCCUCAUUCCCCGUGCUCAAUGCCAGCUCUCUGAAUGACUACAUAGUUAUCUAUCCCAGCUACCGUGUCAAUGCCUUCGGUUUCCUCCCCGGAACAGCAAUCAAGGACUCCCCAACUUCAGACCUGAAUCCGGGCCUUCUGGACCAGGAAUACGUCCUUAAAUGGGUCCAAGCCCAUAUCUCACACUUCGGCGGUGAUCCUCAUAAUGUCACCGUCUGGGGCCAGUCGGCCGGAGGUGGAUCUGUAGUUGCGCAGGUCCUUGCGAAUGGUCGUCCAGGGCAUCAGAAACUCUUCUCCAAGGCGCUUGCUAGCUCGCCGUUCUGGCCGAAGACGUAUCGAUACGAUGACCCUGAGGCGGAGGAUAUCUAUGACCAGCUUGUUAAUCUAACCGGGUGUGCGAAUGCUAGAGAUUCCCUCUCGUGCUUGAAGAAUGUCGACGUCCAGGUAAUUCGCGACGCUAGCCUGGCCAUCAGUGCCGAGCAUACAUACACAACAACAUCGUAUACCUGGGCGCCUGUUAUCGACGACAAAUUCCUCCUCUCAACACUCACAGAAGCAACGAACCCGCACCACCCUGGUCAUGGUAUCAAAACAGAUCAUAUCCUCGCAACAUAUAACACCCACGAAGGCGAGAACUUUAUCCCCCCAGGCCUCGCCUCGACGAACACAACAGACGACGGAUUCAACUCUUCCACCGCAAGCUUCCACUCUUGGCUCUCGGGGUUCCUACCCGGUCUAUCACCAGCGGAAAUCCACGAGCUCGAAACAAAAUAUUACCCGCCCACUGGCCACACCGAGACUCUGGGUCUGUAUAACUCGACGUUUGUGCGCGCGGGUCUCGUGUAUCGAGAUGUUGUCCUUGCCUGUCCGGCUUAUUGGCUUGCGGGGUCGGCAAGGGGAAAUGGGUAUUUGGCGGAGUAUACGAUUGAGCCGGCGAGGCAUGCUAGUGAUACUAUUUACUGGAACACGGUCAACCCGAUUCAACAAACUAAUCCGCUAAUCUAUACGGGGUUUGCGGGGGCUUUCGCUAGUUUCUUCCAGACGGGCGAUCCGAAUGCGCAUAAGUUGACGGACGGGAAUGUGGUGGGGGUUCCGGAGUUGAGGAGGACGGGCGAGGAGUUUGUGAUCAGGGAGCAUGGGUUUGAGAAUGUUCAGUUGGAGAGAUUGAGGGCGAAAUGUGAUUUUUUCAGAAGUGUUGGAGGGAGGGUUCCUGUUUAG